CUUUGCCCCCGGAAAAAUGAAAAGAGCGAGACGGCGGGCGACGCCGCCGCCGCCGCAUGGAGGCGGGCGAGCGACGCGGUAGCGGGGGACGAGCGACGCGGCCUCAGGGUCCCAUCGAGCGCGCGAGAGGCUCUGCGAGGCGGCACUGUCGCUGUACCGUGAAGCUGAUCCGCCGAGGGAGCAAUCAACCAUCAGUGGAGGAGGGGACGUAAUCUGAUGAGAUGAUAAUGCAGCUUCCGAAUCAAUUGUAGCCUGCUUCAGUGGCCACGUUGGGGGAUCGAUCCCAUUGUUCCAUUCUCAGCAGAAGAUAAUUGAUAUCUGUUUCUGAUGAUCUUUUCAUGUAGGUUUUGAGGACUCAAAGGUCAUCGACCCUCAUUGACACAUAUGAACCGACCUACCGACCUGUUGCUAACUCUACUUGAUCAUAUGGCUAUGGGGCUCAAUUUUUCUAAAUUUGUUGGUUCCUGUGGUUAUGCCUCAAGGAUAUUAAUUUCAGAUGGCUGAAGUGUUUUGUUUGACAGAGAAUGUGCUUCAGUACUAGGACUAAUCUAGGAUCUCUCAUGCCCGGGCUUGCCGACUGCAUGAUGUCUUAUGUUAGAUGAUUAAUACGGCGAUUUUUAUGAAAAAACUAGCAUCUUACGCACCUUAAUUUGUGUUCUUCCUCGGCUUUCGAGAAGUUUCUGGGAAUUGCAAUGGACCAAAUUGUUGCCCAAAGCCUGGAUUCGAAACAUGUAGCUGUAAUGCUAAUCAAUCAUACCCAUUGCUUAUCAGUCGUAAUCAAUUCCUGCCUUUUCAACUUUCUCUUUUUUGGAAAAAGCGGAAGCAUUAUCGGCCAACUGAAAAGAGUAUGUUAUAAGUACAAUGAAAUCUGGGAAAAGAACUAUGAUGGGAGACGACGACACAGCCGCCGCUCUUUUCCCCUUCCCAAACCCUAGAGUUCGAGGCACUGAUCCCCAAGCCAAGGAUUUGAUGCCGCCGGGAGGAGGAGGUGAGCAUGGCUGCACGGAGCAGGACCACCCAUUGGCGACCGGUCGCCAUGACGAAGGCGCUCCGUCCCAUCCUAUGCCGCCGCCUCCCCUCAUUGUUCCCGUAGCUUCUGAGAAGAAGAAGAAGAAGCACAAGCAGGGGCAGGAGCACGAGAAACACCCUGCUGGGAGCCUUCCUGAGGGCCCCCUUAUCGAGAUUCUGUCCCGGGUGCCUUACAAGUCACUCUGCCGCUUCAAGUGCGUGUCCAAGCCGUGGCUUGCCCUCUGCUCCGACCCCGACAUCCGCAAGAGGUCACCCCAGACCAUGGCAGGUUUCUUCCUCCGCAACUAUGGCAUGCGCCCCUGUUUCAUUAACUUGUCCGGAAGAGGCCAACCCCUGGUCGACCCUUUUCUCUCUUUCUUGCGCGAGAGCUUUAAACUUCUCAUCCCCCAGCAUUGCUGCGGUGGCCUUGUUCUCUGCAAAUACUGGGAAUCAUAUUGUUUUGAGGAAGAUGAGUACAAUCUUGUCGUGUGCAAUCCUGCGACCAAGAAGUGGGCCGAGCUGCCUCCUAAUCCUAUACAAUUGCAAGAUGAAGACGAAGAAGAAGUCGAAGAAUAUUUGUGUUUCGAUCCAGCCGUCCCCUCCCGUUUCAUGGUAUUCACACACACUUGGGAUUUCACAGAAGUGAUAAUCUACUCAUCAGACACUGGACGAUGGACUACGGUGGAGAGUGGUUGGAUUGAUAAGACUCCUAUUGGUCUUCCUGUGUUCCUGAAUGGUACUUUGCAUUUGAUGACCACUGAAUAUUCAAUAAUCACAGUAGACACAGAGGGGAAGGUUUGGGGGCAAAUUGAUAUUCCAGGCAACAUGCGAGACAGCUCUGAUUAUCCGUUCAUUGGACAGUCUCAGGGACGAUUGUAUGCUUGGUGUAUAAAUGAUAAUGUUGAUGUUUGCCAACUUUUAGUUUGGGCUCUUGAGGAUUAUGGUGGUGCAAAGUGGGCCUUGAAGGAUACUGUUAACAUUUCAGAACUGUUUGGAAGGGAUCGUUACAAAUAUGUGGAGCCCUUAGCAAUCCAUCCAGAUUGUGAUUUGAUUUUCCUUACCGACCGGAGGGGGAAGGCUAUCUCAUAUGAUAUGGACAGCAAGAAAGUGCAUGUUAUCGGCACUCACGAAACAUUCUAUGGUGCUAUACCUUAUGUUCCAUGUUUUGCGGAAUGGCCGUCAGAUGGUCACUGACCUUGGUGGAACUAUAUAUUGUCUUCAUAGAAUUCAGCCAUGGAGAAUAUGCAACACCUAGCAACAGCUUUCAGUGGCUAAUGCUUAGUUGUAUGAAUGAGUCUAGGUAUUUGAUAUAUCGGCUGCCUCUAGUGCUAAUCAUUAUGGUCACCUGUUAGCUCUUGGUAUGGGGUAACUGUGAGGGUAUAUUAUCUAUUUUUGAAAUUGGUUGGAUUUUCACCUCUUUAUUUUCCGUUUAAGAUUGGAGAUGCUUAUCUCUUGUUGCAACUUGCAAGUACAUUUAUCUUUUAUGGACAACUUGUUACCCUUCAGUUCUGAA